AUGAGCUUCGACAUUGAACUUCUACCGGACGGUGUCACUCACUUCGUCUGCACAAAUUCUCCAGUUAUAAUCACUCAAACACUUUUAUCCAAUUGCGAAAACUUCUUCGUUCCUCAUUUCUCUAACCUCGUUGACACUCAAGUUGAGACUUAUCAAGGAUUGUUGAAACUUUCCGAAUCGCAUUUGAAUACCUUGACUUCUCGUAAAAUUGAAGCUCCACAUAAGUUAAGUCUGGAUUCCCUUGCUCAUGACAUUCAGGAAUCUGUACUGGCCACUAGAGAUCUUAUUAGUUUGGUUAAAAAUAAGAUCUAUGAACAUCGUUCUUCAAGAGUUGGAUCUUCCAUUAUUGAAUGUUUUGAUAUCGAAUCGUUUGAAUUAGAAUCCGAGAUUCUACAUUCGAAGCUUGCGCCAUAUAGGCCCACAUCUUUUUAUCCUGUAGCAUCAGAGCUAAGGCUUACCAAAUUUCACAGUCCCGAAAUUCUCAAUGUCGAAAACCAAAUAAUCAAAGAGUUGAUAGAAUAUUCUGACAACAGUUUUAAGGUUGUAAAAGGGUUAAAAGGCUUGCAAUUAUUGAUUUUUAAUUCCUUGGAUAGAACGGUUAAUUCCGUAGCUUUUGCGCUCGAAAAUAUAUUAAGUGUUAAAGAGAAAAAUUUGAGCUUGCAACAAUAUCAGCGACUAAGGGAGAUGAUUGUUGGUGCAAGAAGAUUAGGAAGUGGGAAGAGAUCUUCGCGGCUUGAGCUCGAACGGCACGUUCAUUCUCGUGAUUUUGAUGAUCUAAGUGUGAUGGAGUUAGAUAAGUUUGAUGAAACGAAGUUGAGUUCCAGACAAUAUAAACAAGUUAGAGAUAUACACAAGAUGUUACUCCGGGUAACAGGUGAUGAUCUAAAGGAAUUGUUCUCGGAAGCCCAUACCGCGCUAGAAGGUCUACGAUACAUUCGAAAAUCUCAAUCAAUCAUCUCAAGCUUAUUCUCAACACAUCGAAAACUUUGCGACUACGAUUAUCAUGAAUCAAAUGACAACCUUCAAAAUUUGGAUUUCUUUUUAACCAUCUGGUCAUUCUUCGGUAAUAAGGGUAAAGAAAAUGAUAGCAACGAAGGUACAAAAAUAUUAGACAGAACCCUGAAAUUAUUUAUGAUAAUUGAGGAGAAACAGGAUGCAGUCGGCAUUUAUAUCUCUAACAUUAUUGAUCAUGUGAAAGGUGUUCAAAGGAAAUUGAAAAAAUUACAAAAGGAAUUUGUGAAUCCUGAUCACGUAGAAAAUACGGAAUUGAAUGCGGUUACAACGAUAUCAAGGGAGUCCGAGUUGAAAGCACAUCUGGUUCAUAUGAAAAAACGGCUGUUAGAAUUGAAUCAAGUGCGUAUUGAUUUGCGGUAA